AUGCACAUUAGCUAUUUCUCUAGUUUGUUGAACCUCAUCUGCUGACAACUGUCUUUUAGUGGCAAAACUUAUUAAUACAAUCAUUUUACCUUGUUGCUCAUAUACAGUAACAUCUCUGUGUUGUCCUCUUGCUCUGGGUUCUCAGCUGACUCACAGAGAUCCAGCAAGGCCUCUGCAGCUUCUGCGCGUCUAUGUUGAUCCUCUCUGUUCCUUUAAGCAAUGCUUCUGACAUGGGCUUACAUUUCUGAUAACCGAUGAGAACUGUAAGAGUCCAGUCUACAGACUCCACAUGAUUUAAAUCACUAGGGCUUAGCAUAUUUAAGUUAUAUUAACUAACCUUGGACAAAGUGAUCACUGCACAUACGAACAUUAGCUGCUCCUCCUGACACAGGUUUUGACGCCUCAAUUUCCUGAAAUUUUCCCUCUUAUGAGCAACAACUUUUGGUGCACCAUCCAUAAACAAUUCAAAACAUAGGCAACUUGAGUUUCUGUUGAGUUGUGCAAGAAUUCAGAGAGUAAACAUUUAGCAGGAGUGAGUUAAUUUUGGUUUCCAGUGAAGAAUCCGGCAUGUUGUAGGCAGUGGCUACUGCAAAGAAUUGUAAAUACAAAGAUUACACUGCUAUGGAUAAACUAAAAAAAAAAAAAAAAAACCUCUGUGUUUGUAGUCUCCUUUUUUUCCUCCAUAAGGCCAAGGGAUAGGGAAAAAAUGAGAAAAAUUGUUAAUUUGGAAGAAGCAGAAAAGGGAGCAUGUUCUGCCCAACCUCCUGAAGCAAAAAGCCAUUGAAUACAGGUGAGAAGGUUGUUGAAGUGUUCAAUUUGUACCAUAAUGUUGUUUAAAGAGCAGACAAAAUAUUAUACAAUUUUCAGUGAUAAACUUAUUGUAAUAGCUGUUUUGUUAACCUUCUGUCAAUCCAACUGUCCGUGGGCUGGGAUACAAAAAUGCAGAAGUACAAUCUGUAGUUUUCAGGAAAAUCCUGGAAGCAGUCAAAAGUUCUUUUUUUGCUGAAAAAAAAGGGAAUUUCUCGAUCCAGGAAACACAGAGAGAGUAAACAUGGUUCAUUUACAUAUUCUAUUGACACUGUAACAAUUCAAAGUGGGUUGAAAUUCAGUGAGCUUACAUUUUAUGUGACUUUAUGAUUUAUAUACAGCCAUUAUCUAUUGCCAUUGUUUUUUUUGUUUUGUUUUUUUACUUAAUGAAUAGCAAAUCUAAUGUGGUCAAUUCCCAUGUGUUCUGUCACAGUAGCUUAUAUAAAAACUGUUUACAGCAAAUUCAGAAGUUGCCUCAGACCAACAGCAACAACCAGUUAUCUUCACUUUCACCUUCACUAUUCAGAGAAUUUUUCUCUCUUGAUUUCUACUUUAAAAAAUAUUAAUGGACUAGACUGAAUCCAUAUAUUUCUUUUUAAGUGGCUAUUUCGUUGUUUCAGCAAAUGGAAAAUGGAACCAUGCCUUCAUAUUUUUACUUCACUUUGUUCAAGGAGUUUGUUCACAUGAAAUAUCUCAUCCUAAUAUUGAUACUUGCACUUUAUUUAGCAAUUAUAUUAUUUAAUGCCAUCAUUUUGUUUGUGGUGUUUAAAGACAGAUCUCUUCAUGAGCCAAUGUACAUACUGAUAUCUUGUUUGUCUGUCAAUGAUCUCUAUGGCUCAGCUGGUUUCUUCCCUAGGAUAAUGGUUGAUCUCCUUUCUGAUACAAAUACCAUUUCUAGGCCAGCAUGUUAUGUUCAGAUUUUUACCAUUUAUUCUUAUGCAAUAUCUGAAUAUACAAUAUUAACUCUGAUGGCAUAUGACAGAUAUGUUGCCAUAUGCAACCCUUUAAAAUAUCAUAAAAUUAUGACAUUAAAAGUAACAGCAUUGUACAUGGCAAUAGCAUCACUUUAUGCAGCGUUUUCUAUGGGUCUCAUUAUUCUCUUCUCAGCCAGGUUGCCUUUGUGUGGGACUGACAUAGCUCGACUGUACUGCUCCAACUGGUCUGUGGUUCGACUCUCUUGUGGGACUUCAACUUUGAGUAACAACAUAAUUGGAUUUUUUGUCACAGCAACAACAAUUUUUCUCCCUGCCUUCUUCAUUUUAUAUACUUAUGUCAGAAUUUUGGUCAUUUGUCAAAAAAGCUCCAAAGAAUUUAGGGGCAAAGCAUUACAAACAUGUCUUCCUCACAUUAUAAGCUUUCUGAACUACUCUAUUGCAUCAUUUUGUGACAUUGCUCUAAGUCGAUAUGAUUCAGACAAAUACAAGAUUGUGGCUAUAAUUUUUUCAGUGGAAUUUCUUGUUAUUCCUCCUGUUCUCAAUCCUCUUAUUUAUGGCUUAAAUUUGCCAGAAAUUCGCAAAAACAUUUUAUGUUUGUUUCAGCGGUCAAAAAUUGUCAAUUUUCCAGAAUAAGUAAUUAAAGGAGAAUAUGACAUAUAAAAAGUUACUUGGUUUUACAAUGUUUUUUUGUUGUUGUUGUUUUUUUAUCUUAAAACUUAAUUCCCUGAAAUGAUUUGUGUAGUGCUAUAUGAUGAGGCACAUCAUUCACAAAUUUUCUCAUGUAACAUAUACUUCUUAUGUCAUCAUAAAACAAGUCAUAAUCUCCUUGAUGUUCUGUAAUAAUCUCCAAUUUAAUAUUCAAUAAAAUACUUAUGGCAAGUUUCCUUGUUACUUGUUACUCAACACUACACAUUUUAAUAUACUGGGUGCAAUUGAAUAUAUUUUGCUGUUAUUUGUAUUAACAUGCUUUUGU